AUCAAUGGUUUAACUCCUUCAAAUACCCUCAGAAUCAAAAAAUUGUUGAACCAUUUCACCAAUCACCUUAGAAACCUUCUGACAAAGAAAAUCAGACACCAUGUGUUGCAGAAACCGUUGCAUAAGUUGCAUUUGCGGCACAAUCAUCACGCUCAUAUUCUUGUUCAUAGUUUCCUUAAUCAUCUUCUGGAUAAUAAUCUCUCCAUCAAACGUGAAGUUUCAUGUAACUGAUGCCUCUCUCACACAAUUCAACCUCACAAACAACAACACCUUGUACUACAACUUCAAGGUCAACGUCACAGUGAGAAACCCCAACAACAACAUCGUAGUGUAUUAUAGGAGGAUCAAAGCGAUAGCUUGGUACAAAGACAACGAUUUUGGUCGGGUAAACUUAACACCCUUUGACCAAGGCCACAAGAACACCACCGUCCUUCAAGUGUUGUUUGAAGGGCAAAGCGUGCUUAAGCUCAGAUCUCAACAACUUGGUGAGUAUAAAGAAGAGACAAGUGCCGAGGUUUACAAUGACAUGGCCGUGGAUUUUGAUCUCAGAAUCAGAGCCAAGUUUGGAAAGUUCAAGAGUAGUCGUUUCGAUCCUCCCAUUGUUCAGUGUCGGCGUUUGAGUGUUCCUUUGAUUUCAAAGGCUAAAUCGUUACCUUCUUUUACUGUCAGCAACUGCAGAAUUGGUCGUUCUUUCUUUGUUGAUCGUGAUGCUGAAGCUGCAUGAAAAUUAUAUAUAUAUAUAUAUA